AAACCCAAUACCGUGAAAUUCCGAUUUCCCUAAUCUUUCGAAAGGGGUAGGGUCUGGGGGUUUUUGGAUUUCUGUGCUCUGAAGCAAUUCAAUGGAGGGUGCAUUAGCUAGCGCCUCUGCGAUCGCAGACCAGAGGCAGAAAAUCGAACAGUACAAGCACAUUCUCUCCACGGUUUUCUCAUCAAGCGACAUAGUUCAAGCCGAAAAAUUCAUUGAUCACAUGUUAUCGGAUGAUGUUCCUCUGGUUGUGUCGAGGCAGCUUUUGCAGACUUUUGCGCAGGAGUUGGGGAGAUUGCAGCCGGAGGCACAAAAGGAGAUUGCUCAUUAUGCCCUAACUCAGAUUCAGUCUCGUGUUGUUUCCUUCGAAGAACAGGUGUUGAUUAUCAGAGAGAAACUUGCUGAGUUAUAUGAGUCGGAACAGCAGUGGUCAAAAGCAGCUCAAAUGCUAAGCGGGAUUGAUUUAGACUCUGGAAUGAGGGUCGUUGAUGAUACAUACAAAUUGUCUAAAUGCGUUCAAAUUGCCCGUCUAUAUCUUGAGGAUGAUGAUGCUGUUAAUGCAGAAGCUUUUAUUAAUAAGGCUUCAUUCUUGGUUAGCAACAGUCAGCAUGAAGUGUUGAUUUUGCAAUACAAGGUCUGUUAUGCAAGGGUUUUAGAUUUAAAGAGAAAAUUCUUGGAAGCAGCAUUACGGUACUAUGACAUAUCUCAAAUUGAGAAGCGGCAAAUAGGUGAUGAAACAAUAGAUGAGGAUGCACUGGAGCAAGCUCUAUCUGCUGCUGUGACAUGUACAAUAUUAGCUGGAGCAGGUCCUCAACGCUCUCGUGUCCUUGCCACUCUUUACAAAGAUGAACGUUGCUCAAAAUUGAAAAUUUAUCCAAUAUUGCAAAAGGUAUAUCUGGAGAGAAUAUUAAGAAAGCCAGAAAUUGAUGCAUUUGCUGAGGAAUUGAAGCCACAUCAGCAAGCACUUCUUCCUGACAAUUUUACUGUGCUGGACCGAGCCAUGAUUGAGCAUAAUCUUUUGAGUGCAAGCAAGCUUUAUACAAACAUAAGUUUUGAUGAACUGGGUACUCUGCUGGGCAUCCCUCCUCAUAAGGCUGAGAAGAUAGCAUCAAAAAUGAUAUGUGAAGAUAGGAUGAGGGGAUCAAUUGAUCAGGUGGAAGCUGUAAUACAUUUUGAAGAUGACACUGUAGAACUACAACGUUGGGAUCAACAGAUUGUUGGUGUGUGUCAAGCUCUUAAUGAUAUACUGGAUGGCAUGGCAAAAAAGGGCUUGGCAGUUCCUGUGUAAGCUCUUGCACUUAAUCAACGAUGGCUUUUGAUCGUUUGCCUUCAUCGUAAUAAAAGAAGGCUUUCAAAAUUUAUUCCUGUAGUUAUGUAAUGGUAAUUUUGCUCACAAUGAGGGCAUGCUUAGGAAUUUGGAUAAAUCAAUUUAAACUCUGUUGUUAGUUCCUUUCAGUUUAUGUUUUUGUUAUUGGCUAUACUGAUUGGUAACGUGAUCUUGUUUCUGGAAAAGUUCUUAAAGGUACGAUGUUACAGUCAAGCAAAAGUUUACGAGCUAUAGAAAUACAAAAAUUUUUAGAGA